GGGUGUCCCCGUGACGUCGGCGUCCCGCCAGGGCCGGCCCGGGGCCUCGGCGACGCGGGAGGGCGAGGAGGAGGGCGCUCCAGGCUGAGACGCGCCUGCUCCUGCCGCUGCCGGCUUUCCCUGGCCCCGGGGGCUGCCAUGGCGCCCGGCCCGCUGGCGCUGGCGCUGCUGGUGCUCCUGGCCCCCGCCGACCCCUCGCCGCCCGCCGAGGAGGCGCGCAGCAGCAACGGCGGAGGCGGAGGUCCCGACGGUAAGUAACGGACGGAGGCAGAGCCGCUUCGCGGAGCCGCACUGCGGAGGAGCGGGACGGAGUGGCACUCUGCGCACGCCCAGAGGCCGGCGGAUCGGGGAUGUGACCCGACAGCACCGGAGAGAGAGAGGGCUUCCCGCUUUCUACGGGGGCCGCCCCCCCCCAGCUUUGGAUGUGCGCUCGAGUUGGAGCCCAGGAGGGGCGCAAGGAGGCGGGACCCCGGGCGCAGGUGGCCUUGAGUGACCUCGGGCCGCCCCGUCUCCAGUCUUCCCGCGGUUGCCUUGAGCCCCGGCGCUUGGGGGGUCCCCAGCAGUCAUUUGCCGAAAGGGCCCCCUCCCGUCCAGCCCCCGUUCCUCGGUUUGCCGGGGGGGGGGGCGCCCUGUUUUCGUCUCCCACUUGGGGAAAGGGAAGGUUCGCCCGGUUCUGGCUUGGGGCGGGGGCGGCGCCCGGGUCACGGAGUCCUCGCUUCGCCCGGGAAGGUUCGCCCGGUUCAGGCUUGGGGCGGGCGGUGCCGCGAUGGAAAAGCGCCGCUGCCAGGCUGGGGCGGCGCCGGGGUCACGGAGUCCUCGCUUCGCCCGGGGAGGCCGAUGGCGCAACGCCCGCUUCCCAGUUAGCCGCCGGGCAGCCUUUGCCUUUCCGGCGACUGGCGCGGGCGGCGGGGCGGGACGUUGGCUGAGCAUCACUUGCGCGCGUGGAAAAGCGGCGGAGGGGGUCUCUCUCCUCGCCGGAUGAGCGUCGGGUGGCUGGACCGGUCAGGCCGGCUCCCUCCCUCCCUCCCGCCCGGCGGCCAGCCGGCUUGUCCGCAUUCUCUCGCGUGUGCGCCUUGACUCAGCGCCCACUGCUUCCUCUGCCUUGGGGGCGCCCCUGUGAGAACCAGACCCCCCCCAGCGGAUUCCUUUCCUUUUAGGGUCGGUCAGCUGAACCUCCACUUCUUGCCCAUCUUAGACUUGAUCUUGUUGUGUGAGGGGCUGAGCUCCUGGCUGCCUCUGUGCUGAGUGUGGGGUGCAGGGGGUUGGCAUGGCACAUCCUCCCAUCAGAUGUCAAAGCGAUAAACAACUACCUGACAUUCAGAAGACAUCUUAAGCCAGCACUGUUCAGGGAAGUUUUUAAUGUGUGACAUUUUAGUGUAUUUUUGGUCUCUGUGGAAGCCGCCCAGAGUGGCUGGGGAAACCCAGCCAGAUGGGCGGGGUACAAAUAAUAAAUUAUUAUUAUUAUUAUUAUUAUUAUUAUUAUCCUGCCCCUUCCCCAUCCCUGCCCAUCGCACCUUUGUUUGUCAGUCACUGCGCUGUGCACGCAGCAAACAGGCAGGUGCCUGGCACCCUGGUCCCCGCAGGCCAAUCCCCUGGGCUUGCCGGCUCAGCCCUUUCAGGAAAUGCCAGUCCUUGUGGCAGGCUGUGUGCCAAAGUCCACAGCUCUCUCUUGGCAGAGCUGCCUCCCCAUGACCUCCUCCUCUCCUGACCUCCCCUUGACCUUGCUGCAGGGCAAGGCUGGGCAAGACCUUCCUGGUCUUCAGUGGGAAGGGGCAGGCAGAAGCCCAGCUUCUAUUGCCUGGAGGCCAAAGAGGAUCCUGUGGCUCUGGACAAGCCCCCUGGGAGCUCCUUGUGGGAAGCCAGAGGCAUUGGGGGGGGCACUGCCUGCCCCUUCAUGGUGCUGCACUUGGCAGAGACUGGUGGAGGGGGGCUGGCUGCUGAUCCCCCUGUGGUGAGAAGCACCACCUGCCCAAGGCUGGCUGGACCUGAAUUCUUUCCCCUGCACAUUUCCUGACGCCCUGCCCCCUACUCCCCCCACAGACCGGUCCUUUGUGGCAGAAUAUUUCGUCCAGGGUGCCCAGAAGCUCUCCUUCUACAGCUGGUAUGCCAACGCCCGGCUCUUCCGCUUCCGCGUGCCAGAGGAUACCGUCCAGCUGCGCUGGCUCCUUCAGGCAUCCCAGGGAAGGGGUCCCGACUGCGGCAGCACAAACGUCACCGUGUGCGUACCUACCCCCCCUUCUCCCUGGGGAGCUCAGCCUGCCGGCUUCCUCCUGGAAAGAGGGUGGCCGUCUCCCCUCCUUCUGCCCCGCUGACCCCUGUGUCUCCUGCUGCCUUCCAGCCACUUCCGCCACGGUGCCCCUCCUGUCAUCAACCCCCUGGGCACGCAGUUCCCGGCCAACACAAGCGUCCGCCUCGCCUACAAUCUGACCACGACUCUGGCCACGCUGGUGCAGAACACCACCUUCGUCAACGUCACAGGACCUGCCGCAGGCGACUGGUUCAUGGUGGCCCACCUGCCCAAGGCCGCAGGGAAGAUUGAGGUGAAGGUGAGAGCAGGCCGCCUCCUUGGCUGGAGUCUGUGGUGGGAGGGGGGGAUGGACAGGGGAGGAUCCUGCAGCUGCUGCAUUGGGACUUGGCUGUGCCCGACCUGGCAGUUUCUGGAGGAUCUUCUGCUGUGCCCAGGGCUGCAGGCGGAGGCCCCUGAAUGUCCUCUUGUGCCAAGUGCGGCCUCCUCCUGCCAGCCACGGUGGUCCAGGAGGCUGACAGUGAUGCGUCCCUCCUCCCUCCCUGCAGGGCAUCUCAACGCCAUGCACCUACAGCUUCCAGCCGGACAUGUUUGUGCUGCGCGUCAUCGACUCGCUGAUUCUUGAGCCCGACACUCCUGCGCAGCAGACCAUUGCCCAGCCCGCCAGGCCCCUUCAUGCCAAGUGAGUUAAAACAGGAGAGAGGGUGGGCCCGGUGAGUGCCCCCCAUCUCCCUGGGCACCAAGGCCUGCCAUGUGCUGGCCAGCUGGAGUCAGCUGCUCCUCCCUCUCUUCCCCCCUGCAGGAUCUUUGUCCCCAGCUACAGUGCUGCGCUGCACUUUGAGCUGGGCGGCUGCAAGGUGAACACUUCAAGCCCCUGCGCCCUCCGUGUCACACUGGGCUCUGCCACGCUGCCUUCGCGCUCCCAGAAGGUGCUCAACUGCUCCGGGGACUGCAGCGGCGUCCUUGCUUCACCGCCGUGGGAGAAGUGGCUGCCCAUCACGGUGGAAAGCCUCAGCGGCCCUGGGACCAGCAUCUCCUUUCAGCUGAAGGCCUCCUUCACAGGUGUGUGCCAGCUGCGAGAGGGGAGGGGCAAGGGCGGGGUGCCAAGCUGCGUCAGCUUGCCAGUUCCUGAGUCUCUGCUGCGGAUGCCCUAGCUGUGGGUCGGGGGCGGGGUUGCCCUGCCUUGCAGUCUUCUCAUCCUGAGGCCCUCACUGACCUUGCGCCGUGUCCUUUGCAGUGUGCAAGCCUGACAGGGCCAGCUCCUUCCUCAGCUUCUAUCACAGCCUGAACCGGAGCCAGGAGGCACCUUUGCCGGGAGGAAGCCCCAACGCCACCCUGCUCACGGGAGCCGGGGCAGCGCACAACCCCCUUGGCCAAAGCAGCCGCUGCCUGCGCAACCAGCCUGUCAUCCGCGAAGACCUGGACGUGGUGUCUCUGCAUUUUCGUGUCCUUGGAGACGUUGGUGUGCCUGUGCAGGCCGAGCCCCCGGCUUUGCUCCUCUUCAACCUGAACUCAGGCAUGGACAGCGGGGGGACCCUGGUGCUGAAUCUGGCCCUUAACCAGGUAAGAGGGUUGACCUGGCACUGCCCCUCUUGGGGCACUGAAGCCGGACUGCUAGGGGAGAGGCGCCAACUGAGUCUCUUUCCUGCUUUGUCCUUGCAGACUGGCUGGAGCCUUGGGAAUGCCUCGGUGUGGGCUUGCUUGAGUGCCAGCUCCCCCGUGCUCUCUGUGAACGCCACGAGGGGCUGCCACACAGGUAUGGUUCUCUGCUUGUUGCACCCGAGCCCUGGGAGGGCACUGAAACUGGCAGGCUGGGCGCUGGUUGCUGACGGAGUGUGGGCACUAACGGAAGGCCUGUCUCUCUUCCCUGCCCCACAGCUUUCUCCCAAGGCUAUCCGCUGAACGUAUCCACCUCUUCUCCUGACGCUACACUCAUCAUCCCGUACCCAGAAACGGCCAACUGGUUCCUGUCCCUGCAGCUCCUCUGCCCGGAGGGUGUGGGGUGAGUCCUGUCACUCUGGUGCUGCCAGCCGUACGGCCAGGGCUGGGCCUUUGCUGCAGUAGCGGUGGCAGCAAGGCCUCUGGGGCCAGGGUUCCUGAGCACCUCUCAGGCAGGGGUUUCUGCCACCUUGCCUUGGGCCUCUCUGCCUUUGCGUGUGGGUGCCAGGAGGGCUCAGCGUCCUUGGUGGCACAUGGGCUCUGUCUCUCUCUCUCUGCAGGGAAUGUGACAAAGCCAAAGCCCAGGUGUCCGUUGUGACCUUGCUCAGCCCCUGCUUCGAUAACUGCGGGACGUAUGGGCAGUGCAGCCUCCUGGGCCGCAGUUACCCUUAUGCCGGGUGCAGCUGCAAAGCGGGUAAGAGCUUUUCUGCAAUGCCUGGGGCCGAGGCCACCGGGGCCUGUCCCUCCUCUACCCUCCUUUCCUCCCCUCUGGCUUCCUUCCCUGGGCAGGGCUAGCCAUAAGCAGCACCUGUUCUCAUGCCUCACAUGCCCCAAGCCCAGAGUGAAAAGGCCACGGUGUGGUAUCCUGCACACCAGUCAGCCCCUUAGAGAGUGAGCCCAGCUGCAGGGGGCCCAUCCUGGGGGCUCUGGGGGAUGCUGUGCAAGGUGGCAGCCUUAAGGAGGGGCCCUCCACUUCCCCCCUGGCAGAGGCUGCGUUGGCGCGAUGGGCUUUGUUCUUUUGAUGUGAUGCUCCCAACAGGUAACCCUGCGUCCCCUUCCUCCCCUGGCAGGCUGGAGUGGCUGGAGCUGCACGGAAGACACCAAGGCCCAGCCCGUCGGCACGCAGAUCCUGGCCACGCUCCUGCUGACGCUCAGCAACCUCUUCUUCCUGCCGGCGAUUGCUGUUGCACUUUACCACUACCACCUGGUGGAAGCCUCCGUUUACACCUUCAACAUGUUCUUCUCCACCGUAGGUCCAGGCUUCCCCCUCAGCGGGAUGGGUGCUGAGCGGGAUCCCAGCCGCCCGUUGGGGUGGGGCAAGGCCCAAGCAGGCCCUUCUCUGGGGGGCAAGGCAGGCAGGCAAGCCAGCCCAACCAUCCACUUUCUCUGCCUGCCUCUUUCUGGUAGUGGGGCGGCUGGGGAAAAGCGAGGGCUCCUUGAUCCUGGUUCGGUGCCCCUUGCACUGCCUGUGGCAUCCUCAGGCUGCUGUUGAGGUUGUGUGCCCAGUGGGGCCCUGGCGCCUCCAGACUUUGGGCUCAGGUGGCAAAGAGCAGCACAGUGGGAGUGGCGCCUUCUGACUGGCACCUUCUCUCCCCUCUGUGGCUGCAGUUCUACCAUGCCUGUGACCAGCCCGGCAUUGCAGUGAUGUGCAUCAUGGAUUACGACACGCUGCAGUUCUGCGACUUCUUUGGCUCUGUGGUCUCCAUCUGGGUGACCGUCCUGUGCAUGGCUCGACUGGAGAAGACCUUGAAAUAUGUACGUAGGGGGCAAGCCAGCAAGCGGGGUACUGCAUGGGAGGGGGCUGUUGUUUGCAGCAAGCCCCUCUAAAGCCAGGGCAGGCCCAGUCCUGAGCUCACACCUUGAAUGUCGCCAGCACGACUUCCCCUGGGGCAGGAGGCUCUGAAUAAUAAACAAAACGGAUGCAAGAAAAUGAACGCUGUGCAUUUGCCCUGUGUAUCUUGCGGGUUUCCCAUCCUGGUGUUGCCAGGUGGACUGAGAGCCAGAGUUGGGCCAGAGAGGCGGACAGGCAGGCUUCCAGUCUUCCUGGGCCUCUGCUGCAGUUUCUCACUGAAAAGCAAAGGUGUCAGUGGGCGUUAGAAAAGGUAAAGAUGCCAGCAGUAUGGCCAAAUGUCCCAAAGGCGGCAGGGGCUGCAUGACGACUUGAGGCCCCAUUUGGCCAAAAGGCAGAAUGCAGAGUUCAGAAACGAACUAUCUCAGCAUGGUUUUGUGGCUGGGAGCUCCUGUCUUUGCCCUUGGCAUCUUGAAGUGAUGCCAGAAGGUGAGCUGGAGUGGCCCGGGAUGCCUUCCUCAUCCACCAGCCACAGACUCCCAAGGAGGUUCCAAGAGCAGCUUUGACUUCUCCUCUCUUCCCUUGCAGGUCCUCUGUGUGCUGGGGACCCUGUUCAUCGCCAUGUCACUGCAGCUGGACCGCCGAGGGGUUUGGAACAUGAUGGGGCCCUGCCUCGUUGCCCUCCUCAUCAUGAUUGCAGCUUGGGUAGGUGGCUCCUGCUCUCACCCCUUACGGAUCAAGACUUGAGCAUCUCCUGGCUCAGGCUGCAGCUCUUAGCAGUGGGCUGGGCAGAACCUGCAGCAGGUAUUUUACCUUUAAGGUGUAGGCUUCCCCCGCCAUUAACUUCAUCACCCAUCAUGCGCUUUUGGAGUGUAGCCAGCUGAAGAAAGACCCAGCUGACUUCUCCCAGAGCCUUGGGGUGGGUGGGUGCAUCUGGUCUCAGUGGAUGGGCAGAGCCCACAUCUAGAGACCCUCUGUGGCUGCCCUCUGCCCCACCCGGGAUGGCCUGUAACCCCUGCCUUCCUCCUGCAGGUUCACCGUGGUGUGACCCGGCGCGACUGCUACCCGCCCUCCUGGAAGCGCUGGGCUUUUUUCCUCUGCCCUGGGAUCACCCUGGCUGUGGUGGCCAUUAUGGUAUAUGCCUUCAUUCAGACCAAAGAGAACUACUUCUACACGCACAGCAUCUGGCACAUUCUGGUGGCCUCCAGCGUGGCCUUCCUCCUCCCACCUGGAGACAAGCUCCAGAAUCCGUGGGACUGGUCCCGCAAGCUGCUCUGCCGCUACCAGAUUUGCAAGAAUGACCGCGAGGAGCUCUAUGCGGUGACGUGACAAACUGAGAGGGGGUGGACUCUUGUGAGGCUCUGGCCCCAAGUGCCUCCCUCUACGCUUCUGGGUCGGCUUGCCAGCCACUUUCUGGGGCCACUUGGGCAUGCAGGGAGAAGGUCAUCCAUCCUGCAGGCCGGGUGAAGAACAGGGAGCUGCGAGGGUCCACAAGACAGAUGGCUCACUAGUCUUCACCCUAACCUGAGAGGUCACCCACUCAUGAAGCAGGUCUCUCCUCCAGUGUAAACAGCAGGGCUUUCUGGAGCCUUCCGGUGCAUCGCCACAGCCUGCUUUUAUUGAAUCUGCGUGGCUGGGAACUGGGAGUGGGGGUGGAGUGACAACUAGAGUCAAGUGUUCCUUGUGGGGCUUGUAGUGUGGUGGGCGAUAACAAGACAGGAGGCUGGUGUGCAGCUCUUGGCACCCUCACUCCUGUUAAUGUGGGAAGAAGAAACAGGGCUGCUCAAACCCGGCAGGGGCGUGUGAAUGAUAAUAGUGCAAGGGACACACCUGGGCUGGGCGGGGAGGAGAGGCGUCCUUGCUGGCCGUGGUUGGAGAAACCAUGUAUUGCUCAGGGAGGUGCCAAGUUUAUGUGUCCUGAACUAAAAAGCUGAGCUGGAGCAGCCCAGUUCUGUUCCUCUGCCUGUGGGUGCCAAGUGAGCUCUGCCACUCGUUGCCAGGCCUGAGACUGACUUGGUCACGUGAUACUGCUGAAUGAAAACCUCGUGGCACUGUUGCCAUUCAGCAGUGUGCAUCCACCAGCCAGGUUGUUCAAGAUUCUUCAACUGCUGGUGGGCUUUGGACUUGGGUGCAAGCAGGGAGAUCCUGUUCUUGCAUCUUUCUCUCCGCCACUUUGGGGCUAUUCCCCGUUUUGGGGGAGCCGCAAUGAAUGUAAAAGCCCUCAGCCAAAUGACUGAGCUCUUUGCAGUCCCAGAGCUCUUAGUCCUCGUGGCCAGGCAAGAGCCCAGCACUGUUUGCUCACCUGUCUUCUGGCUCUCGCAGCUGGCACUGCUGGGCCAGGAUAAGACCAUGGCAAACCCUUUUGCAGAUGCAGACACAGGUGAAAGAGCCAGGGACUCCAGAGAGUUCUUUUAGCGCAAUAACACACACUCCUGUUUUAAGGUCCUUAAUUUGGGGUGUUUAUUUUUUUUAUUCCCCUCAGUCACUGCAGGGCAUGGAAGGGACACUAAUCUUAAAUGGGAAAAUUGUUAUUUCGUUGAUUACCUCAGGAAGAACUUCAGCAACUGCAGUUCAGAAAGUUCUGUUAGUACCUUGUUAACUUUAUGUUAUACUUUGCCUUUUUGAAGCUGUUUAAAUUGAUUUAAGCUGUCAUUUCGUUCAAUUAAAAGUUAUGCACACUGUGCUCCUUUGCCUUUGGUGCUUAUUUCUAGCAAUCUAAU